AUGGAUGUUGAAGCCAAUCGUUCGGCUGAGAAACUCGUUCUCUUGGUGACACAGAAACGUCGGAAACGUGCGGAUACCGAACAUGCAGCCAACUCUCGUCGAUUGAAACGUCAUUGCUCGAACCAACAUCUAAACAGUGGCAUCGAGGGCCAUGUGCCACUGGUUCAUUCGGAUGAGCGCGUUUAUCAACAGGAUACAAGCCCAUCCGAGUUGAGUCUGUCGCCAGAGAACGGUCAACAACACCCUGGUCAAGAUAAUGUCGCUUCCGGCAGUACAUGUGCACAUGCCGACGAUGGGAGUGUAAAAGUCGGGAACGUCCAGCGUUCGGGGAGUGUUGUUCAGAAGUCUCCAGCGCACUCGGACCAUCUCCCAAUAUCAACGCGGCGAAGUCCAUACUGUGAGCGGUUCCUAGGUUUUGGGCUUGCGACCCGAAGCGACGGGCAACAGGACCAGGGGAAAUUCCCUUCUCCACCCGAAGUAGACUUGGAGGAUCCAUCUGGUGAAGAUCCAGAGGGUUUGGAACUAAGACAAUCCAAGCCAGAGCUUGAAUCAGUACCUGGUCGUCAAGGGAGACCGCUCCUAUCCCCAGAACAGGAGAAAGAAUCGCCUGUACCUGCGCCUGCACGUCCACAAACCCGACUUCAGGAAGAAUCAAGCCUGAACCUUGGUCUCAUACCAGUCACUCCUGGACCAAACUUUUCAACGACAUGCGACUCCUCUAUUUUGCACCAUCAACGUCUCGCCGAUUUAUGCUGCAGUACCGCUCAAGAUCCCCAACAUGACGAUUCUGUUGACGAUGAUGAGGUACCUAUUAUAAAAUUUGGUAAUAUCGAUUUUGAGAAUGAUUCCGAACACCACCAUGAGCCCUGCGAGAACACAGUUCUUGAUCAACCCACGAAGCUUCUUCUUUUCGCGGUGACUCGAGGCCAUUCCGUCGACGACACACCUGAGGAUGUCAACAGCGACGAUGGUGGCACCAACGGGGAGUUGGGAGAGAGGAGUGAACCAGUAAAUGACCUGUAUGAUACCGACACAGAGAGCAUUGAAGGUUCUCAAAACGAUGCCACUAAUUCUCACACUCUUUCUCAACGUCUAGAUUCAAUGACCAUUGGAGAUUCUGGUUCCGAAGGGUACGCGAGCGAUGCUUAUGCAAACCGUGGAUCGCCUUCGCCUUCCCCCGAGCAAAAUGUCUGUUCAUCUCCCAUCGACACCGACGCCUUGUAUCAGGACUCAUCCUCCGAGGCAGCAUCGCUUUAUGAAGACUCCGACUACGAAGCCUAUGACGAUGAUCAGUCCGACGGACAGACAGACGAAGAAGAGGACGAGUAUUUGUCGGAUCUUUGCGAGGCCGAUGAAGAUACCCACGACGUGAACGCUAGCAACGCCCUUACGCCGCCAAUGGCCCCAUCCGGAAGACGUCGAUUGACAAGCGAGGAACGUGAGCUUGUUCGGCAAACGAGAGAAAUUGGAGCUUGUGUUCGUUGUCGAUUUCAGAAAAUCAAAUGCUUUCCUGACCCCAGGAAUCCCGAAGGGAAAUGCAAAACAUGCAAAAGAUUUUCCAAGACCUCUCCGAAGACGAUCCACCGAGUUCCCUGCUUGCGACUCCGAAUCACCGAAAUUGUGCUUUACCGAAGCGGCGGCCUCAACCUCACCCGACGAUGGAAGGGCAUCGAGAUGCGAGACAUUCCAGGUCGCCUCAGCAAGCCUAGAAUCGUGAGGAUUCAAGUGUCCCAAGAUUUUUGCAAGAAGCCAAUGUUCUUGGACGUUGUUCAAUUCACCCCCCAAGACGGCGAUGUCACAGCUCGAUACUGGACCGAUAACCACUCGGGAACGAUGGCAUUCAAGAAGAAGGAGUUGGCAACGUAUUGUCUCAACAGCAUCUACGAGACGGCCGAGAAUGUCAGGCAAUAUACCGUGGAAAAUGCGCUCCCAGCAUUACUACAAACAAUCCAAGAGGAAUUGGCCUCAGGACACGAAGGUCGGCUUGUUGUUUGCAGAACAUAUCAGUUAGCAAUGAUACGUUUUAUGAAACUCACUAAAGAAAUGAGAUUGGGAAACUCGAUGUCUCAAGAGGAUAAGAAAGAGGUGGAGGUAUUUGGAAACCUUUUUAUUAUGUGGUGCGCCAUCCAACACACUGUAGGAUCCCUCUACAUACAAGGCGAUGAAACACUCGGCAUGCAGCCUGAGACCCAAGAUAAAUCUUACCCACUCUACGGCAAGAUAUCGGCUCCGCGCAUGAUAGUCGCUCAGUUUGAUAACCUUGUGUACAACUGGGUCCUCGAAAUAUAUAAGGAAAAGCUGCUCAGGGAUGUUGACUGGCUCUUCAGCCAAGAUAAAAAUCGGUGGUGGUUUACCAUGUACACCGUCGUUUUCAUCUUGUUGCGCGAAUCGAGUCGCAUGACCGCAGAUCGAUAUCGACAUGCCAGGGACAAUUUUGGACCUAAGCCAAGAUACUCGAUACCUGGAUUCGUCGAAAGUCUCCAUGAAAGCUGCAAUAACAUCCUCACCCAUUGGCAUUACUACAACUGCAACAAAUGGCCCAAAAACAAAGAAGAUGACGCUGAGCAUUUCGCAGGCCUUGCGGGGGAUCAAUUGGAUCUCAUCAGACAGACCCGCUGGGACGAAUGUAUCAAGCAGCAUCUCUCUGUAUGGAAACAGUUCAAGGCCAACAACGGCAAAGUGAACAUACCUGACCUUGGAAGAGACCCAGAGGAUGUCAGAUACAUAGGUAAUCAGGACAAGUUUGACUGGGACCAUUCACUCUAUUGGGUGGCGCAGAUGUUUGAGAAGAAUUGGUACCCCCAUCCGACCUACCAGCGGGAGCCUGUGCCCAAUAAUCCUUUUCCGACACCCAUUUCUACGCCUAGUUGA